AUUAAACACAGGAGAUAUUAUGCCCUGAGAAACCCAUUAUAAACUUUAUCUGUGGGAGGCCUGGUCUCUUCCUGAAACCCAGGACAGCCAUCUCAGAGAAGAGGAGAUGGGGAACCGUCACGCCAAAGAGAAAAUCCAUCAGGGUUUUGAUGCAGACCGAGAUGCCAAAACGCUGUACAAAGCCUGCAAAGGAAUGGGAACGGAUGAGGCGGCCAUCAUCGAGGUCUUAUCCAUCAGGACAUCGGAGCAGAGGCAACAGAUAAAGCAGAAGUACAAGAUGAAGUACGGCAAGGACCUAGAGGACGUGCUCAAGAGCGAACUGAGUGGAAACUUCGAGAAGACAGCCUUGGCCCUUCUGGACCGCCCCAGUGAAUAUGCCGCUCGGCAGCUGCAGAAAGCCAUGAAGGGCGUGGGCACCGAUGAGACUGUGCUCAUAGAAAUCCUCUGCACAAGAAGCAAUAAGGAAAUCAUUGCCAUCAAAGAAGCCUACCAAAGGUUGUUUGACAAGAACCUUGAAUCUGAUGUCAAAGGCGAUACAAGCGGAACUCUCAGAAAGAUUCUGGUGUCCUUGCUGCAGGUCCACGCAAGCGGCUUUGGCCCAUUCACUGCUGGCAUGCUGGCAAUUUGGGGGAACACUUGUGAGAAGAAGAGCAUGUGUCCCCCUACUCCUUCUGUAAGCGCCACGCCGGCACGACAGCCCAUUUAUCUACUGAAGCUGAGGGAUGCUGAGGCCCACAGCAACACUGGAGUAAUGGCUGGGUUUCUUUUGUCUUUCCAGCUCAUAGGCAAAGACAUAGAAGAAGCCAUCGAAGAAGAAACAUCAGGAGACUUGAAGAAGGCCUACUUAACUAUAGUGAGAUGUGCCAAGGACCUCGAGGGCUAUUUUGCUGACCUACUGUACAAGGCCAUGAAGGGUAUGGGGACAGAUGAGAAGACAUUAAUUCGCAUCAUCGUGACCAGGGCUGAGGUCGACCUUCAGGGGAUAAAAGCCAAGUUCCAGGAGAAGUAUCAGAAGUCUCUCUCUGACAUGGUUCGCUCCGACACCUCUGGGGACUUCCAGAAAUUGCUGGUGGCUCUUUUGCACUGAGUCAAACCAGAGCAAUAGGAACGCAGGGAGAGGCUACUUUAUCGGGACUCCUGAGCAUAACAAAUCAAGCUUGAAAAUGGGGCUUUUCCAUGAAAACCCUUCAUUUCCUGGAUUGCUUCCUCAGCCAUGCAAGGUACCCCAAGGCCAAACUGUUGAAAUCAAUAAUAGCACAUCCUCCCAACGCUUGAGCGGUUCACCUUGAAUGCCGGCUUAGCAACAACCUAAAUUGCCUCUCGAUCUUACUUUAGCAUUUUAAGUGAAUGCUUUCUAAGCACAUAUGAAAUCAGCGGUUGGUGAAAAAAAAUGAACAUUUAUAAUAAAAUGUUUAGAAAAUUAUAUGCCGUCCAGAUGCACAGGGCCAAAGCAGAGAUUAAAUGGCCAGAGCGGAAUAAAGACAAGAUUAAACAGUU